AUGCAUCGAACCUGUACAUGCGCAAGCCACGACCCGAGACCUGCGACAGCGUACGGGGGAUCCAAGUCUAACGCAUCCUGAGGUUUCCGACUGACUUUCCCUGAUCGCCAGAUUCCCGUCCCAACCCUCCGUCACAAGUCAGUCUUGGUUCCCUUGGCGUCUCAGAAAACGAUAAAACCCCAUUCCUCCCCUGAGCACUCCAUCAGCACAGCAGCCAGCAAUCCAGAGCCAGAUGACCAACCAGGAGGGAAUGGCGGCACUCACCGACGACCUCCUGGCGGCGAUAUUCCUCCGUCUCCCGGCCCCAGCCGACCUCCUCCGCGCCUCCGCCGUCUGCGCCGCCUUCCGCCGCCUCGUCACCGCCCGCUCCUUCCUCCGCCGCUUCCGCUCCCUCCACGCCGCUCCCUUCCUCGGCUUCGUCGACCGCGACGCCUUCCACCGGGCCCUCCCGCCCCACCCCUCCGCGCCCGCCGCCCGCGCCGUCUCCCUCGCCGGUGACUUCUCCUUCUCCUUCCUCCCGACGCCCCGCGACGGCCGCUGGACCGUCCUCGACGUCCGCGACGGCCGCUUCCUCCUCGACCUGGGGCGUGCCCCCGAGGAGGAAGACGAGUACGCGGACGAGGAGUACCCGGCAGCCUUCACGGACCUCGCUGUCUGCGACCCUUUACAGCGGCGGUGCCUCCUGCUUCCCCGAAUCCCUGACACCCUGGCCGCCGUUUCCGUGGACCAUCCAUUCCACGUGCAAUUCGGAUGCUUGUGCGAGCCCUUCCUCGUUCCCUCCGGCGGCGACGACGACGAAGACGAGGAAGAGACGUCAUUUACAGUCAUCCGAAUCGCACACAGCGAAACCAAUCUGCUGGCCUUGGUCUUCUCUUCAAGAACCGGUCAAUGGCGUGCGGUUGCUUCCCAAGCCUGGAGCGAUUUGUUAAGGGGUUCGGGUGUCUCCAUGGGUGUGAUAUUCAGUCGCCAAUACGCCUGUAACUGCUUCUACUGGAUGGUCGGUUCGACGGAAAAUUUGCUUGUGUUUGACACCCGCAGGAUGGAGUUCUCUGUUGCUUGCCUCCCACCUGGUUGCUAUGGGCAAAAUCACAUCGCCAUUGUGGAUGCAGGGGAAAGCAGACCUGGGCUGUUCUCUGUCCGUGAACACGUUCGAGAUGAAGCAGUGGACCUUUGUUAUACCGUCAGGAGUUCCAACCAGUGGCAGAUGGAGAAGACAAUCCCAUUGGAUUCUGGGUACCGGUACUACAUCAGAGGUGCAACAGAGAGGUACUUGCUCCUAGUAAGGUGUCGCCGGGAAAUGAAUCUAAGAUCGCUGCUGGAUACCCGACACUUCGAGUGGUUCUCACUGGACUUCAAGACCUUGCAGCUUGAGAACGUGUGCGUGUUGAAGCACGGAAGCCUACGUGCGCACAUAUAUACCAAUUUCCCACCAUCGCUGUUGUCACCGACAGUAUGAAGUGGCGUACAGAACUCAAGAAAUCAUGUAAGAAAUGAUGGAGUGGAUACCAGAAAAUAUGAGGCGCAGCCACAGAUUCUUAAUCUCGUAGCAAAGCACGGACAUUUAGCUACUAAUGAAAAAUCUGCAGCAUAUUGGUUUGGUACAUACCCUAGAUAAUUCUUGUGUUGCCACGGUCGUAACUGGUCAAGUGGUUAUUGUCUUGCUUGUAUUGUGUCGCCCAUCAAGCCAACUUUUCGUUCUCUUUGAAUUUCUGGUCUCCACAUGUCUUUUCUUUAGGUGUACAGCACUCAAGAAAUCAUGUAAUGUAAGAAAUGAUGGAGUGGAUACCAGAAAAUUAGGAGUGGAUACCAGAAAAUUAGGAGUGAAUACCAGAAGCAGUUUGGUGGCCAA